UUGCUCAUUAAACAAAUGUAAGUUCAGAAAGUAGAAAUUAAAGGCUGUAGAUAAAGUCUCUCUCUACACUCGAGUAAAGAAGAGAGACUUUCAAUUUCAAAUGUCUCUGUGGCUUCUCUCUCUGUUUCUGUUCAUCAUUCUCGUGUGUUGCUAUCAUCUACAUAAAUUUGUACGGGAGCCCCUGCGAAUCCAGAAACACUUCAAACAACAAGGCAUAAAUGGCCCCGACUACCGCCCGAUCUUCGGGAACACAGCGGCGGCAAGGCGGUUGCUGAUCGCGGCGGCGGAGGCGGCGCCGAUCCCUCGCAUCACGCACGAUAUCUGCCACCGCGUUAUGCCGCAUUACUGGAAGUGGUCGAGUCUCUACGGGAAGAAUUUCGUGUAUUGGUUUGGGCGGAGACCUAGAUUAGCAGUGGGCGAUCCCAAAUUGAUCAAAGAGAUUUUGAUGAAUAGCAACGGCAAUUUUCCGAAACAGAAGAUGAAUCCGUCUUCCAAGGUGUUGCUUGGCGAUGGGCUGGUUAAUCUGGAUGGUCGGAGAUGGGAAGUUCAUCGCCGGAUCACUGCUCAAGCCUUCCACAUGGAACGAGUCAAGGGUUGGAUUCCUGAAAUGGCAGCUAGCAUAGAAGACAUGCUGAAGAAGUGGGAGGUAAAAAGAGCAGAGAAAAAUGAGUUUGAAAUGGAUGUACACCAACAACUCCAACAGCUCUCAGCAGACAUCAUAUCUCGAACAGCUUUCGGCAGCAGUUGCGAAGAAGGGAAUCGCAUUUUUCAGCUCCAAGAACAGCAAGUCGGCCUCGCCUUGCAAGCAUUGCGUAGUCUCUAUAUCCCCGGUUUCAGGUUUCUGCCGACGAAGAAGAACAGGAUGAGAUGGAGACUAGACCAGGAAACUCGUGAAUCGAUCAGAAAAAUUAUUGGGAAGCAUGGCAAGAGUGAAGGAAACUCGAAAUCAUUGCUCACACUGAUGAUGUCUUCAUAUAAGAAUGAGGAUGGUGUUGAGGAGAAACUAGACAUUGAUGAAAUUAUAGAUGAAUGCAAAACUUUCUACUUUGCAGGGAAGGAAACAACAGCCAAUCUCCUAACAUGGGUGCUUCUCCUUCUUGCAUCUCAUCAAGAGUGGCAGACCAGGGCAAGAGACGAAGUCAAUGCUACGUGCAGGGGCAACGCCCACCCUACCGCAGAAAAUAUAUCCGAUUUCAAAAUAUUGAGCAUGAUACUGAACGAGACCCUUCGGCUCUACCCUCCAGCAGUUGCACUAAAUAGGCUAGCAUCGGAAAAUGUUAAACUGGCGAGCCUCAACAUUCCUUCUGGCACGGAUAUGUACAUCGCCAUGACUGCUGUCCAUCAUGAUACUGAGAUAUGGGGUGACGACGCAAAUGAGUUCAAUCCUUUGAGAUUCUCUGAGCCACGAAAGCACCCAGCGUCCUUCUUUCCGUUUGGUUUAGGCCCCAGGAUAUGUGUUGGGCAGAAUCUUGCCAUUGUUGAAGCCAAACUAGUCUUGGCCAUGAUCCUGCAACAUUAUUCUUUCAUGGUAUCGCCCUCGUAUCUACAUGCUCCUAUGCAGAGUAUGACCUUGCAGCCACAGCAUGGACUCCAACUUAUUUUCAGCAGGAUUGCAUAGUAGGCGUAGCUAGCUAUAUUUGUGAAGACCUCCUCUAUUAAAUAGAAACAUUUAUUCCCUCUCA